AUGGCCUUCGCCUUCGUGGGUACGCCGAGCACGCCCCGCGACCUGAGCCGCGUGCCAGCGCGCGUGAGCGCGGAGUAUUUGGAGCGCCUUGGACCCAAGGAUUCCGAUGUACCCUUCGACGGCACGUCGGCGACUGGCCCGGGCGCCGCCGUGGAGUUCAAGAAGAGGCCCUUUGGCAUCCUGCGCUACCAGCCAGGCGAGAUACGGCCGGACGGGGCGGAAGGACAGAAGGAGGGCCGGCUCGGCCCAACACGCCGCUUUUGA